GAGCUUCCGGUUGACAAACGGACAAAAGCCUUUUGCGGCUGUGUUCAGUGCUGGAGAUAAUCUGCUGCUCCUGAGCUCAAGCGAAAUCAAGAUGCCUCGAGUGUAUAUCGGCCGGCUGAGCUAUAAUGUCCGCGAGAAAGACAUCCAGCGGUUCUUCGGUGGCUACGGGAAGCUGCUGGAGGUGGAUCUGAAAAACGGGUAUGGCUUUGUUGAGUUUGAGGACACCCGUGAUGCUGAUGACGCCGUCUAUGAGCUGAACGGUAAAGAGCUGUGUGGAGAGCGGGUCAUGGUGGAGCAUGCCAGGGGUCCGCGCCGGGACCGCGACAGCUAUGGAGGGGGCUAUUAUGGUGGAGGUGGAGGAGGAGGAGGAGGACGCAGUGGUUACAGCAGCAGAAGUCGCACCGGAAGGGAAAAGUAUGGCCCUCCUGUUCGCACCGAGUACCGCCUCAUUGUGGAGAAUCUGUCUAGCCGUUGCAGUUGGCAAGACCUCAAGGAUUUCAUGCGACAGGCAGGUGAGGUGACCUACGCAGAUGCCCAUAAGGAGCGUGCCAAUGAGGGUGUGAUUGAGUUCCGCUCUUACUCUGACCUUCGGAGAGCUGUGGAGAAACUGGAUGGGACAGACAUCAAUGGCAGGAAGAUUCAUCUGGUUGAAGAAAAGCAGCGCCGUCGUCGCUCCUACUCUGGCAGCCGCUCUCGUUCUCGUAGCCGGCGUCAUUCUCGUAGUAGGAGUCGCCGUAGCAGCCGUUCUCGGAGCAACUCAAGAUCUCGUUCAAGGUCUCGCUCUCGCCGGCACCGCUCCCGUUCCAGGUCGGGACACAAGUCUCGCUCCAAGUCUCCAUCGAGCAAGUCUCGCUCGCGCAACCGUAAAUCUCGUUCUCGCUCCCGCACACACAAAUCUCGCAGUCGAUCAACCAGUCGCAAGUCUCGCUCUCGCUCGGAUGAGCGCAAGUCCCGCUCUAAGAGCACUUCUAAAGUGAAGUCGGAUCGUGGACGCUCCAAGGAGAAAUCGGUCGGCAGGAAAUCCAGAAGUAGAUCUGCUUCACCGAUGGAGAAUGGCGACGGGGGUCGUGCCAAGUCUGCUUCUCGCUCUCCGUCACCUCAGGCUGAGAAGAGCCAGCACAAGUCUCCAGACAGGCAUUCACACUCUCGCUCAAAGUCUGGCUCGCGCUCUAAAUCCCGCUCCCGUUCCAGGUCUGCGUCCCAAGAUUAGUAUUAAGUGUGGUCUGAUUUUUGUUUUUUCCCCCACCUUCUUACGAGUCCAGUUGUCCAGGAUAGUUUUCUAGUGGUCAUGAUGAGAUCCAGGUCUAAGGCAUUUAAUUUGUUUUAUUUUACUCUUCUAUAGUAAAAGUGAAUCACCCACCGCUUCAAUAUUUUAUAUUCAUAACAAUAGCAUGAAAAUAAGUGAUUUAAUUUAGUGUGCUGCAUGUCAGUCCUUUUUAUAAACCUUGAUCCUCUGUGGUGUGUGGCUGGAAGAGGCUUCUUGGCAAGGAAACGAAAAGCCGCUGCAUCUUGUGGCUUGUAAAACUAUUAUCUGAAAAAUCUAGGCUUUGGUUUCUUCAUGUAAUAGUUCAUUGAAAACUCUCUGAUUUUGUUUUAUUAAAAUCCAGUCUAUAUA